AUGGCAACUUCCACCCAGAACGAAUAUGCUGCAUUUGAAGAUAAGGUGAGGAGGACGGUUUUUAUCGACAACCUUUCUCCGCAAGUCACUACUUCUGUCUUGAAAACAGCCCUUGGGCAGUUUGGAAAUGUUGUCAGCAGCCAGUUCAUUCCAAACUACAUGGAGUCGAGGAGUAUCCCACAAUGUGCCUUAGUGGAGAUGGAGACAGCAAAGCAGGCUAAAUCCAUAAUUGCGGAGAUGACCACGUUUCCAUUUAUGAUGUCUGGAAUGCCCCGACCAGUGAGAGCUCGGCCAGCAGAAGUUGAGAUGUUCAGUGAUCGCCCUGCACGACCCAACAGAAAGAUACAAUGUCGUUGGGUGGAGAACAAGGAUCCAGACUUUGAGGUCGCGAAAAAAAUGAAGAAUCUUACCAGGAAGCAUGCUGUAGAAGCUUCAUUGCUGCUUAAGUAUCAACUUGAACAGGAGGAGAAGCUCGCCAAGCAACAGACGGAGGUAUUGAAAGGAAACUACAAGAAGUACGACAUGCUGGACGGCCUCACAACUGAUGGAACUCUCAACCGGUUGGCACGGCAUUACGACGUCAAUGUUGUAGAUGAUUGAAGACUCCAGCUUGGUUUCUCUCCCUCUCCUGGAAUGGAAUUACACCGCUUCCUUCAGUUUUCAGUUCGUUCGAGUGGGGCCCACUUUUCGGUGAUCCAUCCCAUCGGUUUGGAUGGACUAUGCAGAAACUCUCCUCGUAACUAUCCAUAUGCAGCCCAUCAUCAGUUGAAGAUUUAGAAUUGUCAUAUGAAGGGGUGGGGAAUGGUCCGAUCGCAGCAUGACCCAUUUGUGUUCUGGUUCGGGCCCAGAUAUUGAACUGGUAUGGCUAGGCUGAUUCAACAUAUUGAUAUUGCGCAGCCCAUUGAUGGCCCAUUUCCUGGCCUAGGCCCAGGAAUUUCAUGAAAUGUUAUUACCUUGUUGCUCAAAACAUUAUGAUCUAAACCUUGGAAGGAUGAAAAUAAAAGUAUGGUUUCUGACU